AUGCCGGGCAGCGCCACAGCCCUGGUCCUCACUGUCCUUCUGAGUCUUGGGCUGUUCCAGAGGCAGCAGAUCCUGGCCCAGCCAGGAACCCUCUCCAAACCCUCCAUCUGGGCUGACCCAGACCCCAUGAUCACCAGGAGAUGUCCUGUGACCAUCCGGUGUCAGGGGUCUCCGCAGGGUGAUAGAUACCAUCUAUUGAAAGAUGGAUAUUAUUUCUGGAAUAUGACCCUACUGAACUCCAGAGAGAGAGGGGCCUCCUACACCAUCCAGUCCAUGAACAGUGACCAUGCAGGGCAGUACCAGUGUCGUUAUAACAGCUCCAAUGGCUGGUCCCCGCUCAGUGAGCCCCUGCACCUCACCAUGACAGGAAUAUACUCACCACCCCCACUCUCAGCUCAUCCAGGCUCUGUGGUGUCUUCAGGAGGGAAGGUGACCCUCAUCUGUAGCUCAGUCUACUCCUUCCAGACUUUCUAUCUGCUGAAGGAAGGAAGAGUCCCCGUGGUCCAGCACAUGAAAUCUCAGUACUCCAUGGGGAAGUUUGAGGCCCAUUUUCUUGUGGACCCCGUGAACCCCUCCCGUGGGGGCACCUACAAGUGCUAUGGUUCUUAUGACUCUAACCCCCAUGUGUGGUCAAAGGCCAGCAACCCAGUGGAUCUCCUGGUCACAGGGGUGCACACGAAGCCCUCCCUCUCAGCACACCCAGGCGCCCUGGUGCUGCUUGGAGCCAGCCUGACCCUGCAGUGUGGCUCAGAGGCCGGAUUUGACAGGUUUGCUCUGACCAAAGAUGAGCAGCUCUCAGGUCCCAGGAAUCUUGACGCUCAGCACAGUUCCAACUUCACCUUGAGCCCUGUGCAGGACACCCACAGGGGCCAAUAUAGGUGUUACGGUGGAUACAAUCUCUCUUAUGAGUGGUCAGCCCCCAGUGACCGCCUGGACAUCCUGGUGGCAGGAGCCUAUGAGAAACCCUCCCUCUCAGCCCAUCUGGGGCCCUCGGUGACUUCGGGGGAGAACGUGGCCCUGCAGUGUCUCUCAGCCGGGUCGCUUAACACAUUCCAUCUGUUCAAGGAGGGCUUCCUUGCCCCUCUACAGCACCUUUAUUUGCUGGGCAUUCCUGGGCCCAUUCAGGCCACCUUCAUCCUGGGACCUGUGACGUCAGCCCAUGGGGGCAGCUACAGGUGCUACACUUCACACAGCAACUCCCCCUACCUGUUAUCACAGCCCAGUGACCCCCUGGAGCUGGUGGUCUCAGGAGCCUAUGGGAAACCCUCCCUCUCAGCCCAUCCCGGGCCCUCGGUGACCUCAGGGGAGAAUGUGGCCCUGCAGUGUCUCUCAGCCGGGUCCUUUAACACAUUCCAUCUGUUCAAGGAGGGCUUCGUUGCCCCUCUACAGCAACUUCCUUGGUCAGGCAUUCCUGGGCCCAUUCAGGCCACCUUCAUCCUGGGUCCUGUGACGUCAGCCCAUGGGGGCACCUACAGGUGCUACACUUCACACACCGUGUUCCACAACCUGUUAUCACAACCCAGUGACCCCCUGGAGCUGGUGGUCUCAGAACAGACGUUCCCUCCACCAGCCAGGGAAGGAUCGAUGACAUCACUCGUCAUUCUCUCCAUCAUCUGUCUCUCCACCAUCACACUCUCCACCAUCACACUCUCCACCACCGGUCUCUCCAUCAUCGGUCUCUCCAUCAUCAGUCUCUCCACCAUCAGACUCUACAGCAUCCGACUCUACCAUCAGACUCUCCACCAACGACUCUACAGCAUCCGACUCUCUACCAUCAGACUCUCCACCAACAGUCUGUCCACCAUUGGACUCUCCACCAACAGUCUGUCCACCAUUGGACUCUCCACCAGUGGACUCUAUACCUCCUGA